CAGACACUUGCCGCCAGCCUGCUCGGUCGAGUUGACUCAAUUUGGUGGCAUUCAAAUAGCAAAGUCCAGGCGGUUAUUGUGUCAGUCGGUGGUUGUUGGUCGUAACAUCAAUUAUAUGUGCGCGCGGGAAAUGCGAUUUUCAUAAACGCAACGUGUGCCGAAAGUGUCCAACGGCAGUGCAACUAACUAAUUGAGUAUAAUUUAACUUUAUGAAUACAAACAAGCAUUUCUAAUUGUUUACAAAAGUGCAAUUAAAUAACUAAAUUAAUAAAUUUACUUUGUGUAAACGAACAACUGUGAACCAAGAGCGCAGUUACUAAUAUUUACCUAAGUUGAAAACUGUGCAAACCAAUUAAGUUUCAGUGCCAAGUUGAAACGAAAAAUAUUUUUUUUCGAAAAUGAUGUCCACCACAACGUCACAUCCCAUUAUGGCCCCAGUUAUGCGUCCAGUUCAGGAAGGUCCCGUAUCAAGACCACGCGCUGUCUACAGCAUUGAUCAAAUUUUGGGUACGCAGACGAAGAGAAGAGAUUCCACCGAGUCUUUGAAUAGCCAUCAAAUACAUAUUCUACAUAACAACAACAACAAUAUGAAUAAUCAUCUUAGCAAUAGCUCUAGUAACGGCAACCGUAGCAACAACAAUAUGAGUAGCAUGAAUUCGUUGCAUCACAGUCAUCACAUGAAUCAACGCGACGAAUCUCCAACAAAUAUGGACAACGGGCUCGAUGUGGAUAAUGACGACGAAUUGUCGAAUAGCCUGAAUAGCGGACAUGAUUUGGGCGAUAUGGAGCGACCGCGUAAGGUUCGAAGAUCGCGUACCACAUUCACAACAUUUCAGUUGCAUCAACUGGAGCGCGCCUUUGAGAAGACACAAUAUCCGGAUGUCUUCACAAGGGAAGAUUUGGCGAUGCGCUUGGAUUUGAGCGAAGCACGUGUACAGGUGUGGUUUCAGAAUCGGCGUGCCAAGUGGCGAAAACGCGAAAAAUUUAUGAAUCAGGAUAAAAACGGAUAUUUGCUACCCGAUCAAGGUCUGCCUGAUUUUCCACUCGGCCUACCAAUUCCGCACGGCAUACCCGGCCAUCCGGCCACCUUGCCACCCGAGUUCUGGCCACCACACUUUGCCUUACAUCAACACUUCAACCCUGCGCUGCUGCCACCCAGCCUUGUUCCGCACUACAAAUUGCCCAAUUUCCACACCCUCCUCUCGCAAUACAUGGGCUUGAGUAAUUUGAAUGGCAUCUUCGCUGCUGGCUACCCGCAGAAUCUGUCGCUACACUCGGCGGCGCAAGUGAGUCCACCAUGCAGCAAUAGUCCGCGUGACAGCCCACCCAGCCAGUCGCAAGCAGCGCUCGUCUCGUUGGUACCCACCUCGAUGGUGGCGGGUGGCGUUACGUUCACCUCAUCGGCUGCUGCCUCACCCAAAAGCCCGUUGGCGCCAAGCGUGGCGAGCAGCGCCUCAACGCCCGUCUCAGUGGUGACCAAAAGUGAGGACUGAACUUUACCCUGAAGCAGCUACGGCCAUUUGAUGGCGCUUUCGAUUUAGUCGCAAAACAAAUGUGGCUCGUUAAUUGUUUCACGCUGAACACUCUUAAGUAGAUCGGACUAAGCAUUAUUAUCAGUGCUAAAAGGUUUAAUUUGUAAAUAAAUAAAAUAAAAAAUAAUUUAUUUUCAACAGAAGUUGAUAGCUUUUAAGUUUGGAGCGUCGAAAAGAAAGGGAUAAAGACUUGAGCGUUUAAGCAAAAUUAUGGCCAUACUUAUGAGUUAGUAUUUAUCUCCAGAGAUCGAAUUUAUAUUAAAAAAAAACCUUUUGUAAUUAUUAUAAUAUAAAGCACUCAUAUGUGAUUGAUUUCAUUUAUAUAACAUUUGAUAAACUUCUUAGACACAGCAGCAAACCAAACAAAAAUAAAUUAUGAAAAAAUAUUUGUCUUAUGGUUUAUUGGAAAUAUUUUAACCGUGAAAACAGUUCUUUAGUUUUAUAUAUUGAAUGAGAAUCAAUAAAGUAGUGAUAACUUAUAAAAAUAUGAGCAAAUGUUUAAUAGAGUAAAAUUAUUGUACAUUAAAUAUUAUAAUAGAAAAGAAUAAACAAUAAGAGUACUUAAUAAAAUAAAAUUAAUAAUUUACACAGUAAUACGUAUAUCUGUUCU